GCGUGUCUGUCGGGGAUGGGGGUAAUAGGAGGAGGGGGUUUGGAGGCGGGGGAAGGCUCUGCUCCAUGACCUCCACCCAUUCACUCAGUGGCUGUGCUGUUAAUCUAGAGGGCAUGCUCAAAAGCACUUCAAGAUCAGUCAAGUGUAUUAAUGCAAAGUAUCCUCACUGAAGAAAUCAUCUUCCUGUAUAUUUGAGAAAUCCGAGGUUGAAUCUAUGUUGUCAGAUGAACUAGAAUCCAAGCCUGAGUUGCUGGUACAGUUUGUCCAGAAUACGUUUAUACCCUUGGGGAAAGGAUUUGAGGAGCCAGAACAGGGUGCUGCCCAAAGUCUGCCUUCAAGCAAAGUCAGUGAGAACACUUUAGAGAACCAAGCACCUGUCGUGGGUGAUCGCUCUACCUCUGACUCUGACUCUGGGCUGCCAAUUCAAACUGAGGCACCUGAUGCCAGGGGUGUGACUACUGCCAGUGAAAGCGUAGAUGGGAGUACUCCAUGGUAUCUCCGUGUACAGGAACUGGCCCAUGAUAGCCUCGUGGCUGCAACCAGGGCAGAACUAGUGAAGGAUUCAAAAGGAGAGCCCACCAACGACAGUAAAACAUCCAGCCGUAAGGAAGAUUUAACUCCCGACCUGCAGCACACUGCUCCACGGAGCGAGAAGACACUGAAGUGCUGUUAUGAUGGCUGUAGCAGGACCUUCCUCUGGCAUGCACAUCUGAAAUAUCACCUGAAAACACACAAGAACGAUCGCUCCUUCACCUGCCCGAAGGAGGGAUGUGGGAAGAGUUUCUACGUGCUCCAGAGAUUGAAAGUCCACAUGAGGACACACAACGGGGAGAAACCCUACACCUGCCCUGAGACUGACUGUGGGAAGAAGUUUACAACAGCUGGCAACUUAAAGAACCACAUGCGAAUUCACACUGGAGAGAAGCCAUUCGUUUGUGAAGCAGGAAGCUGCGGCCGUUGUUUUACAGAAUAUUCCAGUCUUCGUAAACACAUGGUUGUACACUCAGGUGAGAAGCCUUACCACUGCAGCAUCUGUAGCAAGACUUUCUCCCAGAGUGGCAGCAGGAAUGUCCAUCUGCGGAAAUACCACAAUGUCCUCGUGCCUGUCACUGACCAGGAAGAAGCCAGAGAAGCGACUCCAUUGGCUGACACUGGUGCAGCAAACGAGCCAGAGAUACCUGUCGGACUUGCGGUAGCAACAGCUACUGUGACAACGCCUGCAAGCUUGGAGACUCAGCCUUUAGUGUUGCCGCCCAGUAUACUUGGAGCAGAGGAGGAAGUAUUACCCGAGAAUUCUCCUUCGGUUACUGGCUCAGCGACCACUGCAUCCAUUGUUGUUCUACCGCAGCCACACCAUCUGGUCACCAUCGCCACCGCAGGACAUUCUUAUGAGGAAGUAGUCACUGUGAUAAUACAGUGAAUGCAAGUCAGCCCCUUUUAUGAACGGAGGCUGCUCAUCCCAGAAUGGGUUAAAAAAAGUAUUGCAAAAGUUAAGCCACUGCCUGAAGAACGGAACUGUUCACUGUGGUGAACAAAUUACUCUUUCAAAUUUACUAAAGUGGCUAACCUGAGAGUAGGUUCACCCUUUGAGUACGAGUGUGAGAAGUGUAGUGGUGGGUAUUUCUUUUUUCAUUCUUCUUGUUCUUCCUGAAGUAUUUGUCCGUGAUUGCAAAAUCCUUGCCUGAAAGAAAUUAAGUGCAUUUUAAUUUCUUCUCAUCUUUGGAGCCGAAAAGAAAAAGACUUGCCUGGUAUUUAUUUAAAUACAAUGAACUAUUAAAUUUCACUUGCUGCAUCACAAUGAACUUUGUUAGCCAGUGACGUUAUCAAUAACCCAACCUGUAGAUCUGAAUACAUAAGGGCGUUCUUAGAAUCUUCUGUGUAUCCUAUUCUCCCAUGCCCCAUGCUCAGAAUAUUUUCUUUCAAGGUUACAUUCCAAUGAAGUUACUUGUAUUCUCACCUGAGCUGUGUAUCACAUCUUGAGAGUGAAAACAAGCCUAAAGCAGCAAGGGGCCAGUGGCUACAAGUAACAGAGCCAACUUUGCUUUUCCACUGAGCCAGUAGGUCUAGUCAUGAAUUUCAUUUGAGGUUUUGUGUGUGCGUCAUUAAAUAUCUUCCAAACCCAAGACUUUCUCUCCUACCGCCCUAGAAUUAGGUUUGAGUGUUCCCUGUGAAUGUAAGAGUGAAUUACCGAUAUGACAUGUGCAAGUGUUAUACUUCACGUUAAAUAAAAGAUGGUUAUGCCACCAGGCCUGUGACCUGCAUUCAGAGUACAUUGAGCCUAACCUCUCAACUGCAACACGGUUGAGGUAGCAAGUCAGAAUUAGGGCAUAGCACUGUUCAGAUCUAGCUGCAGUCUCCUCCACACUCAGCUUCUCUCCUGGACUAAAUUGUUUUGAAGAUGCAGUGAACAAUGGUACGUGAUGCUACCCACAGAGGAGCCAAAACUCAAAUGAAAAUUUGCUGUGCACUUCCAGUCAGAAUACUUUUACAACAGUAGACAACUCUGGGAUCUUUAUAUGAUUCAAAGGAAGCAGUCACCGCGAGGAAUUAACAAGCAGAUGGAAUUUAAUAUGAUUGAAAAGCAGAGCCUCUACUAGAUUUGGUGGUUGAAAUAUUGUUUUGUUAGUGAGCCAUAUAGACCAACAUUUCCAAGACUCGACCUAGUUUUUUGCUGAGUUAGGCAAUAGAGUAGCAGAUCAGCUGGAAAUCUGCUCCUGAUCAUGAUUUACUAACUGCCUGUUCAAACGUAACACGAGGUGACAACCAAAUCAAGCUGGGCUGCAAUUUUCCUAAUGUUGCAAUAGCCCAACGCACAAUGUCCAUUCAGAUAAAGUGGGGUGGGAGGGUUUGUGGCUGGUGUCCAUGGAAUUGCCUAUUCCCAGUACUGGAGGGCAAAUUAGAAAUGCAAAAAGAUAUUGGUUUGGGUCAAAUGCUCAUGUAAUGUCUUUGAAUGUGAACAGAAACAUGGCACUGCAGAAUUUAGAAAUAUUGUUUUUAAAAAAAUGUAUAAUAAAAAUAUAUAUACAGUGCACCAGUAAUGGAGAUGUCAGAAAGCCUUGCACCUGAGGUGGUUAUGACCUCUACUGUAUCAGUCAUUACGUAUUUCAAGGAUGCAAUAUUCCAUAUUAGAAAAUUUUGCACUGAGUUUCAGGCAAUAUUGCCAGUAAAAAGCAGCAUUGAACUUAUUUUUGGCUCUUUGCUCAUGCCUAAUUUCUUUUGAGUCUUCAAUUUUGUUUUAGUUCAAUUUGCUUUUCUGGCACCUACUUCAAGAGGCUUUGCUUUUCUCAGUGAUGGAUGAUUACAUCAAUGAGCAAAGACAGCAUUUUUCUGCAUUAGGCUUUUGAAGCAGUGUGUUUUGCGUUUAAGGUUAUUAAUGUCCAUUUUUAAUAAACCAUAAAUUAGAAA